UACGGUGCACGCGCAGUAGGCGGUGGGCGGCCUUGUAGACAGCUGUGCGUGAUUGGUUGUUGUCAUGCACGCGCCGAGGCGGGAGGAGCUGCUAGGUCUUGCUGCCUGUGAGCUGACAGAGUGUACGCGGCACCGGGAACCAUAGACACCGAGCUCCGGCGGAAGGGAGAAGGACUGGCAAAUUUCGGCCACCAGCAGAGAUAAGCCGAAACGUCGAGUUCUCAUUCAGUGCAAACGAGACAGCGGGUGCAACAAGAGACUGCUCGAGGAGAUCUGCUAGAGACCCACCAUCUGCCCGAGGGCACGCACGUUUCAUCCAAGGGAACCGGCAAGAGCCCGCACAUCUCUACACUCCAAAUCCUGCCAGGCCCGUGCCCUGCUCCGCUCUCAUUAGGAGGAAUUCUCAUCAAAUCUAUGGCAGAAGGUAGGACCUGAAUAGAUUACUUUGAAAACUCAUUUGAUAACCUACCAUUGUUAUUCAGCUUCUAUUGAUCUGUCAAAAGAAAACUGGAAUGAACCAUCUUUGUGAGUUAAGCAGUAUCCGCCAUUCAAGAAACCAGCAAAAGUAUUUUACAAUGGAUGUUGAUGAUGAAGAAAAUCUGAGUUCAAGCAGCGCUGAUGUUAAGGAAAAUCGUAACCUGGAUGGAGCUUCAGCAAAAGUCGGAAGUGGCCAUGCUACCGGGGAAGGGGCUCAGCUUUCCAAUGGGAGUGAGGGAAGCAACAGCAGGAAACGGCCUUUAGAAGAAGGCAACAAUGGCCAUUCCAAGUUCCGCCCAAAGAAGAGGAAGAAAAUCCCAGGCCCUGUGUUGCCAAAGAAUGCUCUUAUGCAACUGAAUGAAAUAAAGCCUGGCUUACAGUACAAGCUUAUAUCUCAGACUGGACCUGUACACGCACCAGUCUUUAUUAUGACUGUUGAAGUAAAUGGACAAGGUUUUGAAGGUUCUGGUCCUACUAAGAAGAAAGCUAAGCUUAAUGCUGCUGAGAAGGCUUUAAGGUCAUUUGUGCAAUUCCCGAAUGCAUCAGAAGCUCAUCUAGCAAUGGGCAGAACUCUCUCUGUUAAUACUGAUUUUACCUCUGACCAAGCAGACUUUCCAGAUACUCUGUUUAAUGGAUUUGAGAAACCAGAACAUUCUGAGCAUGUUUUUUUCUUGGGAUCUAAUGGCAAUGAAUCCUUUAAUCCAGCAAGUGACUAUAGCUUAUCAAUGAUUGGAAGCAGUAAUUUCAUUCAGUCUCCCCUUCCAACACCAUCUUUGUUCCCUCCAGCUAGUGGAAAAAAUCCUGUGAUGAUUUUAAACGAGCUUCGGCCAGGCCUUAAAUAUGACUUUGUCUCUGAGAGUGGUGAAAGCCAUGCCAAGAACUUUGUGAUGUCUGUAACUGUAGACAAUGAAACAUUUGAAGGAUCUGGAAGGAACAAGAAACUUGCAAAGGCAAGGGCAGCACAAUCUGCUCUUGCAUCACUUUUUAAUAUGCACUUGGAUCAGACGCCUUCCAGACAGCCUAUUCUAAGUGAAGGCCUACAAUUACAUUUACCCCAGGUUCUGGCUGAUGCUGUUGCACGCUUGGUUGUAGACAAAUUCAGUGACUUGACUGAUAAUUUUACAUCACCGCAUGCACGUCGUAAAGUUCUUGCUGGAGUUGUCAUGACAACAGGAACAGAUGUGAAAGAUGCCCAAGUCAUAUGCGUUUCCACUGGAACGAAGUGUAUCAAUGGGGAGUACAUGAGUGAUCGAGGCCUUGCUUUAAACGAUUGUCAUGCUGAAAUUAUAUCUCGCAGGUCGCUAGUCAGAUUUCUCUACACGCAGCUCGAGCUGUUUUUAAGCACUAAGGAAGACCAGCAAAAGUCUAUAUUUAUGAAGUCGGAACGGGGAGGAUAUAAGCUUAAGGAUAAUGUUCAGUUUCAUUUGUACAUUAGUACAUCACCCUGUGGAGAUGCUCGUAUUUUCUCACCGCAUGAAGUUGGACAGGAAGACCAAGGCGAUCGGCAUCCUAACCGAAAGGCAAGAGGGCAGCUUCGUACCAAAAUAGAGUCUGGAGAAGGGACCAUACCAGUCCGAUCAAGCAGUACCAUUCAGACAUGGGAUGGUGUUCUACAAGGAGAGAGGUUGCUUACAAUGUCCUGCAGUGACAAGUUAGCAAGGUGGAAUGUUGUAGGCAUUCAGGGAUCCCUGCUCAGCCUGUUUGUUGAACCAAUUUACCUGUCAAGUAUUAUCUUGGGUAGCCUAUAUCAUGGUGACCACCUAUCAAGGGCUGUCUACCAACGAAUAUCGGAUAUAGAAGAUUUACCCAUACUUUAUGCACUCAAUAAACCCUUAUUAAGUGGAAUAAGCAAUGCUGAAGCACGACAGCCGGGAAAAGCCCCCAGUUUCAGUGUGAACUGGACAGUUGGAGACUUAAGCCUUGAAGUUAUUAAUGCAACUACAGGCAAAGAUGAAAUGGGGCGUGCAUCACGCUUAUGCAAGCAUGCUUUGUACAGCCGGUGGAUGAGAAUUCAUGCAAAGUUGUCUUCCAGCGUGAGGUGUAAAUUCGGGAAACCGAACGUAUACCAUGAAACCAAACAGUCUGCGGUCGAAUACCAGUCUGCGAAAGAAUGCGUCUUCAAAGUCUUUCAGAAGACAGGACUGGGAGCCUGGGUUAAAAAACCCAUAGAACAGGACCAGUUUUCUCUAAAUGUUUAAUGCAAUGGACACAGAACAGUGUUGUUGUUGUUUUUUGUAGUCUUUAAAUUGGCAGAGGUUAACAAUACCAGUUAAAAACCAAGGUUUUUUUUUUCUCUCUAACGUGCCAAUCAUCUUCCAUAACUUUUGGACUUGCCACCCACUAAAUCCACUUUUUAAGAACAACAUUGCACAAGCAACACGUUUCCAGGAGCUGGAACUGGUUUUAAUUUAUUUUUUUAAUCAUCUGAGGCAGUUUUUCAUGGCUCUGGGCUGCAAAAAAAAGGGGUUUUCAAAAGGAAAACUUAAACUAUGCUCGAUCUCUUUCUGCUGUCAAUUUUACAUUCAUUACAAUAGCUAUGAGGGGCUUUAUCAAUUGGCAGCUGAAAUUAAAAUUUGAGAGAUGCAAUCCAUACACACACACACACAUAUAUAUAUUCAUAUAUAUAUAGUUUUUUAUUAUUUUAUUUUUUUAAUAUUGAAGAACUAAUGGAAGCAUUGUUGCUAGUGGAUACACUGUUUUUAAAUGGAAAUCUUUGAUCAAUGUUAUAUUUCUGUCUUUCUCUUUUUUGUUGAAAACAAAUCCACUGUUCACACUAAUGUAGCUAGCAAGAGAUAUUUAGGGUAAAUAAACUUGGCUAUACAUAGUUUUGCUUGAAGAGGUAGGCUAGCAAACACGCCCCUGCUCUUACUGAAGGGUUUAAACCAGCUGCUACGCAUUAGUGUCCUCAAUGUCUAUUUAUUUAUGUGUGACUACCUUUUAAUAUGCAGCUUUUAUUCGCAAUUUCUCAUUUAGGAGAGUUUGUGCUUUUUAACGCUGCAAACUGGAACAAAAGUGCAUUUGUAUUUUUCUGAACUCCGAUUUAGAUAUAGCUAUAAAACAGAUCUAUUUAGAAGUAUAUUGUUUGCUGAAUGCCCUUUGUACAGAUCGAGAAUGAUUUUUACAGUGUUUAAUAACGAUGUGAAUAGCUAGUUCCGUAGCAAAUAACUAGUUCCAUAGGGGAAAAAAAAAAUAACUAGUUCCAUAGGGAAAAAAAAUGUGUACAAAUUAGUGAGAAAGUAGUAUCCGAGGAAAAAGAAAAUCUGAUUUGUGCUUGAAAAGAAAAGGGUGUCACUGUAUGUAAUCUUAGUCUUGCAUACAAUAGUGUCCUUAUAAUAGGAUAUUUUAUUCAACUGUAGUGAGUGUUGCAAGCAUUCCGUUUAAAUGUUAGAUCUUAUUAGCAUGUCUUUACCAAACGGGGAAAAAAAAACAUGUAAGUCUUACAACUCCAUUAGACCAGAUAUAUUAGUCAUUUCAGAGAGGAAAGGAUAGUGUCUAUAAAUGUUUGCUUGAAAUAUAGUAAUUCUGCAAUUAGGCCAGUUUUUGUGAUGCAUACUAGCAACUAUUUUCUUAUCAGUUAAAAAGGAUGGACCCAGAACAUUUCCAAUGUAUUCAAAAGUAUUACUAUGAAUCCAUGUAUUAUACAGAGAGAACUAUAUAUUAGUCCCGGUAACUCAUCACAACACUUACAGUCUGUGCGUCCAUAUACUUUGUCUCAGAUACUUCCAGAAUAAACAAUAAAAGGAUUGUAUUCAGAUUGGCAGGGAUUUAAGCGUGAAUAUAUAUUUUAUAAAAUGUUUGGUCUGCACACUUCCAUUUCCAAUUCCUCAUACUUUUGUUUUAUUUUAAACCUUUUGGGAACAUGGCUCUGCGCCGCAUUUUUAUAGUUGUUGCCGUUUACAAAGUGUAACCUGGUUGUUGUUUCUAUAUGUCUGAAACAACAAUUUAGUGUCCAAUAAUGUUAAAAUGUGAUAUUUAAAGUGGAAACAAAUGUAAUAAAACUCCUGUUUGUUUUACUAAAAUAUUAAGCU